AUGCACGGGCAGGUUGUCCUCGACCACUCGGCCCUCCCUCAACUCAUCGACGACAUUCUCGCAAAUGCCCACUACUCUGUCCUCCUCGCUUUCCGCGGCACCUCGCGCCUCUUCCAGGCCCGCAUAGACGCCGACCUCUUCCACCACAUCACCGCGCGAGAACAUGACUACGAGGAAGACAUUCCGCCAGACAUGCCGAUUGCAGAGCUUGCAGCCCGUCCCACACCCUCGAAUGUCGAACUGCGCACUGCGUCAGGACGGCGCUUGCCAGGUGUACGAUGGGAGGACGAGGAAGCCUCGGACGCCGAGCGGCUGCACUGGGCAGCGCGGAUCAGGCGAUACACCCGCGUGGUGGACUUUAGCAACGAUGUUUGUCUCGACAACCAGGAGCCUGUGUGCGAUACCGCACUGCUGGCCGACCCCGAGGUACGUCGGAUAUUGGAGGAACACGACCGCAACCUCCUGCGCUGGGCUUUGGGGAAUGUGCAGCGCGUGCGGCGCUGGGACAUGGGUACGAUAUUCGCAAUGGGCGCCGACACCAUUGUGCAGUUUGCGCACGCCGAAACGUCGUGGGACGGAUACAUGUGCGAACCGGGCGCGCUGUUCGACGACAUGUACGUCGAGCCGCUUGAUAAGCUCGUCAUCAACCUUCGCUACGACCCGGGUAUCGCUCUGCUCGAGCAGUGCGACUUUGGCCACAACACCCACCGACAUAGGACGAACAGUUUCAACCGCCGGCGGAACAGGAUCGAGAACCCGCGCGAGCUCGUCGUCAUCUUUGGGCAUGAUCGGCGGUAUGGUCCGGACACGCGCUUCGGCGGGCCAGGCAAGCAGCUGGAUGACCUACCGGAGCCAGAAGAGGAUGCGCCGCCUCUGGGACUCCUGCACGGUGUUGUCGAGUUUCUUGGCUCCAAACUGCACUGCGUCGAGCGCAUCGUGCUCGUUGGGCUCGAGGGUGUCGAGCGUGCAUUCCUCAACGUCUCGCCGGGUAUCGCCGAAGCCAAGCUACACGACAAGGUGCGCAAAGCAAUCCGUGUCGAGAGCGCUGCACAGGAAGACGAUCUUUUCGACGAGGAGGAGAACCUCUGCCGCCUCGCGCUAAUGGAUGAGCGCCUCGCGCAGUGGCAAUUCCACCCCGAAUUCGACCACUUUGCUGUGACUGAGUACUGGGAGGCGCGGAAGCAGGAGCUCGACGGCGACUUUCGCGCACUAAACAAGCUUGUCCACCGCCUGCAUACCGUCACGGCUGCGGACGGAUAUCCUAAUGGCCUAUUAAGCGCGAUGCCGUCGUGGGUCAACCUCCCCGACCAGCCAACGUUUGCGAGCAUUCAUUUCAUGACCCACGACGAGUACCGCGAUCGGUACGGACAGGAGACGUGGGAUUUCGAGACGGACGGGUACGAGAUCGAUUAG